AUGAUAAGGUCUAGUGACUUUUACUUGUAUAAAUACCAAGAUUCUCUACGUAGUAUCUUUGGGGUCUAUGGAACUCUAUUCGUGGUGUCAUGUAUAAGCGUGGCAAUCACCUAUCAGAUUUUUAGAUUCUUGUAUCCACGAACUCUGACGUAUCUUGGAGUUCAAACGAGCACAUCAUCAUCAAAGACCCCUCCAAGCUUCUCACACAUCUGGACUACAGGGGGAAGUGAUGAUAGAGGUGUUCCCAAGUUUUGUAAUGCUUGUGGGACUGCUAUUGUCUUGCAUGGUAUUCGAUGUCUCAUAUGUGGACGAUGUGCACAUAAGAACCACCACCACCUGGUCAAUAAUCAACCGUGCAAGAAGCACUACAUCCCAGCAUCGACUCCAACACCAUCAGCUUCAUCGGAAGCAAUCACGAGCCUUCCUCAUCAAUGGGUGGAAGGAAAUCUCCACUUGAUACCAGAUGCACGCUGUGCAGUCUGUCAUGUCACUGUAGGUAUAGAACCAGGACUACACUCCGAGUACCGUUGCUCGUGGUGUUCAAUCAUUGUGCAUCACCACUGUCUACCCGAUCUACCACCACAACCAUGCUCGUUAGGACCUAUACCUAGCAUAGUAGUUCCACCAUGGUGCGUAUCGCCAAAUACCACCCCCGCACCACCACCAUCUUCAUCAUCACCGUCUGCCAAACGACAAACCUCACCAAGUAAACAACUACAGCCUCGUCUACGUGUCGACCUGUCGCAGACUGCUGAUGUAAGGCCGCUACUCUGUAUUGUCAAUCCGAAAUCGGGAGCUCAGGAUGCUCCUAUACUAUUGAGGUCGUUGUAUCAGAUCCUCAAUCCGAUACAGAUUGUAGAUACGUCCCGACAGUCUCCUGAAGACGUAUUGAUGAUCUUUUCAUCAUGCCUGAGUAAAUGUCGUGUACUUGUAUGUGGUGGUGAUGGUACGAUUGGUUGGGUGCUCAACGUCCUUGACAAGCUAUGUCUCAAUCCAGAUGAGCGACCUCCUGUUGGUACUCUACCAAUGGGAACAGGCAAUGACUUGGCUAGGUCCUUAGGUUGGGGAGGAGGUUGGGCUGGAGAAGAACUACUUCCUAUCAUAGCUGCCAUCAACCUAGCUCAAGUGAUUGAACUGGAUCGAUGGAGCAUAACAAUAGCUUCAGCUCCCAAACCAUCAUCAAACCCAUCUUCGUCUCCAGCUAUAUUAAACACCAGCAUAUCAGCAUCGACCUCAUUAGUAUCUCGAACCAUGGCCUUCGCUCAACGACCUGCUUUUGCAACCAAGACUCUCGUCUGUACAAACUAUUUUAGUGCAGGUGCAGAUGCUCGUAUCGUGCUCGACUUCCAUCGUGCCAGGGAAAGUCAACCUCAGCUCUUCCGAAACCGUCUAAUAAAUAAAGCCUGGUAUGCAGUAUUAGGAGGACGACAAGUAGUACUCAACAUACUACACUUGAUGGGCAUGUCAAGCCAACCAUCCGAACCAGCAUCAUCACCAACGGUAAUGUCACCGCAGCAUACGAAGCUAGUAGGAUCGACGCUACAAUUAGGAUCAAGCCCACCUAUAACACUAGACCAUCUUGGUGGUGCAAUAAUAUUGAACAUAUCGUCAUAUGGUGGUGGCUGCCAGAUAUACAAGCCUCUGGAAGCAUUUGGAGCUCCAAGUCAACUAUCAGAUGAUGGACAAUUUGAAGCUCUAGGUGUUGGAGGUCCAUUCCACAUGGGAGCCUCGAUAGCAGGCUUGUCAUCACCUGAAAUGCUAGGUCAAGCAUCCGUAGCACGAUUAUACUUCCCAAUGACGGCCGAAAUGGCCAUGCAGCUAGAUGGUGAACCAUUCCUGCAGAAAUCGCCAUGUACUGUUGAUAUUGCCUUCCACUCUCGAGUAAAGAUGCUAAAACGACGGGGGAUUGUGGUUGAUGUUGGUGUACGUGAUGAGUCGGAAGGAGAAGAAGAUGCAACGGCAUCAUCAUCACCAAAAAGUGUGAAUGAAGGCAGUUGGACGGAUGGGACAUUGACAGAUGCUGAUGGAGAUGGUUUGGUGGGAUCUUCGUUGGCUGCAGCAUCUAGAGUGAAGGCCCGUAGAGCUUGGUCAUUCUUUUGGUAG